GAAACCUGUCUUGAAAAACCAAACUCACACACAUACACAGUUAACCAAAAGUAAUUAAAAAACACCACCAACAACAAAAACAAUGGCGUGGCCACAGACUAGAGCAGAAUGAAAUGUCUGAAAACGGAACAGACACAGGACAUUAUGGAAAGUUAGCGGCUCAGUCCCCAGGACAGAGAUAGCCUCUUAAUCAGUGGCAUUUAAGGUGGCUGGCUAACCAUUCAGAAAAAAGGUAAAAUUAGAUGCAUUCCUCAUACCACAAAUAAAACCAGUGGAUCAGAAACCUAAAUAAAUCGAGAAACUCUUCAUGUCCCAGAAGGGUAGGUACAGGGAUGACUUCUUCCAUUCAGCAUGGGCAUACAAGAUUUUAUAACUUCAAAUUCAUAACGUGCACACAUGCACACACGCACGCUACACAAGAAGGAUGACUGAACAGGAAGCUGGACAGCUACCCUGUGAGGAGGUUAGAAGAGGGAACUGAACAGAAGAGAUGGGAGAUGUAUUGUUCUGACCUUCGGAACCAUGCUAGUGUUUUCUGGAUCUGGGAAUUGGGGAAAUCAGUGAGGACUGGCAGUAAUUGUGUCGGUAAGCCUAACACCAAAGGUGGGAGUCAUACCCAACUUUGAGCAAAUGAAAAUGAGCCCAAGUAUUUUGCACAUAAAAAUAAAUUUAAAAGGAAAACAAAUUCCUAGGUGUAGUUUAUAAGCUGGUAUGAAUAUAGUAGUUUUGAAGAAAUUAGUGUAUUUAAGGGAAUUCAUAAAUGUAUUGAAACUGGGCCAGGCAUGUUGACCCAUGCCUAUAAUAAUCCCUGUGUACGGGAAGUGGAGGCAGGAGGAUCAGGAGUUCAGAGUCAUCCUUGGCUACAAGUUUGAGGCUAACCUGGUCUAUAUGAGACACUGUCUCAAAAAUUCCAAACGAUUAUCUAUAUAAUAAUGAAGGGAAAUACAAUGUAGAUGAGCUGGGUUGGACAUACAAAGUGCUUCUGCACACACCCCCAUGUGCACACAUACAGCUUAGAGUCAGUGUGACUUCAGAGUCUAUGAUGUUCCUCAUUAAAAGGAACCAGGGACCCAGAGAUGAAGAGGAGGAAGUGAGGCAGAAGCCAGAAGCACCAGGUUUCAAACAUCAAAGAGAUGCUGACCCUGUGCCCCUGAGGCACAGUGGCUGCCAUGGCCAAGUACCUGGCCCAGACCAUCGUGAUGGGUGUGCAGGUGGUGGGCAGAGCCUUUGCCCGGGCGCUGAGGCAGGAGUUUGCAGCAAGCCAGGCAGCCGCUGAUGCUCAGGGUCGUGCUGGGCACCAGUCUGCAACUGCAUCCAACCUUUCUGGCCUCAGCCUUCAAGAGGCCCAGCAGAUUCUCAACAUCUCCAAGCUGAACCCUGAGCAGGUCCAGAAGAAUUAUGAACACCUAUUUAAGGUGAACGAUACGUCCGCGGGAGGCUCCUUCUACUUGCAAUCAAAGGUUGUCCGUGCGAAGGAACGUCUAGAUGAGGAACUCCGAAUAAAAGCCCAGGAAGACAGACAGAAAGGGCAGAUGCCCAAAAUGUGACUGCUGGCCACUCCCACCCCACCCAUUUAUACCUUGGUAAUAAAUGUCUUUUCCAUGU